AUGGCCAGCGUGCAACAAGGCCACUACGGCGAGCUGCAUGACGAUGAAUCCAUCUUGGACGAUGACCUGAUUGACGCGGAUAAUGAUGGUGAGCCAUUGCCUCUCGACCUCAUUCCUCAUCCAGUGCUAACUUGCCCGCACCCAGCCAUCGAAGCCGACGACCCUCUACGCGACUCCGACCGCGCCCCCCUACGAGGCAACAUCGAACCCGACUCCGGAUCCCGAGCCGGCGGUGCAUCGGGCUAUGGCAACUACCUGACCUCCUCAAUCCCCGGCGAGGACCGUCGCGCGCCGCAAAAUACCCUCGACGAAAGUGUGUGGCAGACCUUGUCGCGGGACCUGGUCGCCGUGUGGGAGAAGAUGCGCCACGUCCUCUGGCCUAAAUACCUGCUGGGCGGGAUGAUGUCGCGCGGUGGCAGCGGCCUCAGCGAUGAGGAGACCGGCGGGGCAACGGGAUUCGGUCGCAACCUACGCGGGAUCGUAGGUCGCUGGCCGGAUGCUGAUGUUGUGCUGCAGGGUGGGAUGAGUGAGGGUUUGCGCGAUUGGGAUCUUUGGGGCCCGUUGAUUUUCUGUUUGCUUCUGAGCAUGUUCUUGUCUAUGCGCGCUAAGGGAGACCAAUCCUCGACGGUCUUCUCCGGUGUCUUUUCGAUUGUCUGGAUCGGAGAGGCUGCGGUGACUCUCCAGAUCAAGCUUCUAGGCGGCAAGAUCUCCUUCUUCCAAUCCGUCUGCAUCAUCGGCUACACGCUCUUCCCCAUGGUCAUUGCGGCUCUUCUCAGUGCCCUCGGACUUCCUACAAUCGCGCGGAUCCCCGUCUACCUCGUCCUGGUGGCGUGGUCGCUGGCAGCAGGCGUCAGCAUCCUGGGAGGGUCGGGUGUGGUGCGCAACCGAGUGGUUAUCGCGGUGUUCCCGCUGUUUGUGUUCUAUAUUGCGCUCGGCUGCCUGUGUUUCAUUAGCUAG